GGGCAUCCGCCUCAGAAUAGUUCCAGAUGUGGCCAUGUUUAGUUUGAUCUUUAAAGUUUUCGCUCAUCGUAGAGAGAGACUACACUUUUAUAGUAUCUGCAAAGCAUAGUAACACGCCUUUGUCCGACCAUCUCGCAUCUCUUCGUUUCGCCUGCGACUCGUUAAUUUUUUUCUCGCUGCGUCUCAUCAAAUGUUCGCACGCUCUUCUUGCUGAGAGAGAUCCGCGAGAGAUCCCUUCGCGGGGAACACAGCCGCGCGAGCGAGGGACAAAAAUUGAGGAAGAUAGAAAGCCCGCGCGCGCACGUGCACGCACGUACGCACGCACGCUUUGUUCCCGCAAAGCACGUUAAUCCGCUGCAAGAGCACGCGUCUCUGCGCGUCCGUGACACGCCCGAUUAUUUAUUUCUCUUCGGCCCUCGCGAUCGAAGAUUCGCUCGCAAGAUCUCUCGGCAAGGGACGCGCGCAUUCAGACUCGUCGCUCCCUUUCUCUGUCUCUCUCGCGAAACGUUCGCCGUUCACGGGAAGAGGGAAACCUCGUCGUUGUGCCUCCAUCGUCAUCGGUCAUCGUCGUCGUCGUCAACGUCCACGUCAACGUCAUCGUCGGUCGCGAAAUCUGAAUCGAAUCGCAAAGAUUCUCGUUCGCGAUUUCGGUAAAAGAACGCGCAAGUGAAAGCAUCGCGACGUUCCCGAGGGGUGGGGGUGGCAGGGGGAGGAAGAAGAAGGAAAAGAGACGCCGACGUCAUCCGUCGUCGCAGCGCGUCCCUUUUCUAUCUCUCUCUAUCUCUCUCUCUCUCUCUUUCUCUCUGUUCUGACGAGACGAGAAGAUUACGCACGCACGCGCGCAAGCGAGCACGUCCCAUUUCUGCGCACUUCCGUUUCGGAUGCUCGCGCGAGACGAGCGAGCCGCACGUCGUGCACGGGCACACACAGAGAAGCGGGUCAUACGCAACAACGUCCUACAAAUACACGGACGACGGGGGGCAGGCAUGCAGAGGCCUGCCGGGAGUAUAGGUAAAAGAUAAUCGUCACGAGAGAGAGAAAGAGAUAUCCACAAACGACGACGUGUUGGAUGUCGUCGUCGCUACCGCCGCCGUCGUCGUCGUCGCCGCCGCCGUUGCCACCGCCGCCGCCACCGUCGCCAUCGCCGCCGCCGCUGCUGUCGCCGCCGCCGCCGCCACCGCCGCCGCCGCCGCCCGGAUUCAGCUGUGCAUGCCACGUCGGCCAGAAUGACGUCGUCGCGACGGCGAGAAAAGGACAAUCGCGCGUUCUGACCGAAUAUCAUUGCUCGCGGACUUUCGCGGGAAAUCGAGUCGCGCGCGGGUAAGAGAGGGAGGAAAGAGAGAAAAUCGCGCGAGGGAAAGAUCUCGCGCGCACAUAGUGAAAACCUCGAGUAUCGUAUCGUAUCGUCGCCCCCUCGGCGAGGGAGACUAAAGAGGGCUGCUACUGCAACCGAGAGUGCAUUUGUCGCAUACAUUCGUUCGUUUAGACACAGAAUCCACGGGAGAUUCGGGAAACAGAGGACCGUAUGUUUGUCGGGUAUCGUCGCGCGAUUGAUCGCGUGAGAUAGAGAGAAAGAAAGACAGAGACAGAGAUACGACGGUGAAAGAGGGAGAGACGAGAACGGUCUUUUUCACACAGUCCAUUCCACGGGGAGAGUUCAUUAAGCUCUCCCAAAUGCUAGAAUUCAGGCAGCGCGGUCGUUAUUCCGGCAGAGCAAAGACCUGUCGAGUGUGGUCGGGCGAAUCGAUCGUCUGAUCGUCGUCGGGCGGCCGCAGUGCAGUAAUAAUAGAAAACUUGUUGGUCACGGGGUUCACGAACGUACGCACGAACGCACGCACGCACGCACGCACGUUACAGAUCGAGAUCGAUCUGCGGAGAGCCGAAAACGAUGGCAUUAGAAAGUGUUUCCGCGGCAGAGACUCUAAUACAAAGCCAUGAUAAUGAUUUGGAAGAUGGAGAGAUUCCAUCAGAUGAAGAUGAUGAGCCAAUCACCCACAUUGCGAAUAAUGCACCGGAAGCAGCAAAACCAACACCAAAACCAGAUUUUGUGAAGAAGACUUUUGAGCCAAAGUUUAACAAGAACAAGAAGCAACAACAGCAGCUUACACAGACAGUUAGUAAACACGACCGUUUCUUGAAAUACAAGGGGCCAUCUGAAGAUUGGGCUGGAGAUGUUGAAAAAGCCAUCAAGGCUGUGUUGGAAGAGGAUACAGGGAGGAAUCAAGAAGUCAAAGUGAAGACUAAGAACAACAGGAACAAAGCCAGGAAAAGAAUUCGUGAGGAGAGAGAGGAAGAGCGUAGCAAAGAACAAAAAAAACGAAAAAUCAGCGAUGACGAGAACGGCAACGACGAUGAGGACGAGAUGCUCUUUAUACGAGGAGCGUCGCCUAUCAGAAAGGAUUCUCAAGAAAACAACUCCCCUAGACGUGCUGUAAACGAGCACGAAACGUUCGAGAACGCCUCAGAAUACGAAGAGAGGCCUAACACAAAUCGACACAGAGAGAAUGAAAACAAACGCGGUACUGGACGUGGAGGAGGAGGAGGAGGAGGUGGAGGAGGUGGAGGACGUCGCGGUGGCAAGAACGAACGUGGUAAGAACAAGACUCGCGGCCAAAUGCGAAAUGACCGAAACGGUCGCCGACCGCAGAACAAUGAUCAUGGAUCGAAUUACGAUCCUGACACGAUCUGCUUAUACUACAUGCAAGGAAAGUGUCAUAGGGGAGAUGACUGUCCGUUUUCACAUAAUGCCUUGCCACCUAGGAAAAUGGAAUUAUGCAAGUUUUACCUGAUGGAUUGCUGCGCGAAGCGAGAGAAGUGUCUGUAUAUGCAUCAGGACUUUCCAUGCAAGUUCUUCCAUACUGGUUUAAAGUGUAAUCAGGGAGACAAUUGUAAAUUUUCACAUCAGCCUUUAAGCGAUCAGGUAAAGGCAAUUCUAUUAAAACACUUGGAAAGUGCGCCGAAAGAGAUUCUUGGAGAUUUUCCCAGGUUAAGUAGAGAAGGUGCAAUAUUAAUGAUAAAUAAUACUGCACGUUCUUUAGCACAGGGACAAGAUGCGGCUAAUCAAAAAAUCCCCAGUCUCUUCGAAUUAAAUUUAUCAGCACCUAUAGACAAGAAUGACGAAAAGGAUGACAAAGAGGAACUAAUGGGUCAACAAAAGAUCAAUAUGAGGAAACCUUCCGGUAAGAGGACACGAUGGGGAUCAGACGAAGACAGAGUCCCUUAUGAACAAAUUAUGCUGCUACAGUCGGCGAACGAGUUGGGUCUUCAGCUUCCAAAUGUAGCUUUAGGUUUAGCACAGCAACACAACAAUACGCAAAUGCAGCACAAACAGGCGCAUCUGGCUGCACCACCUACAGAUUUUUAUGCCGAAAUAAAUGCGGAAUCAAACAAAAAUGUAUAUAGGAUGAAAGAAGAUUUUACGAAGGAUAUAGGAGAAGACGAUAUAUUGGAGCAGCCGAAAAAGAAAAAUCGUAACUCGAUAGAAAAUCUAAAAGACAUUGACUUGAGGCAAAUGCUGAAAGCAAAGAAACUAGCGCCUGUGUACAGCAUAGCUGACGAAGUAGCAAACCUUACGAAAAAUAAAGUCGAUGACGAGAGCGAUCAAGACGAGGAAUCCGAUCUCGUUAUUGAGAUGCCGGCUGAAGAUGAUGAUAAAGAAAAAGGCAAGCACGUUAGUAAUCAGCAAAACGAACAGCCCAUUGAUGCGUUUUUGACGUCUAUGGACGAGCAAGAGGUGCCGUCACACUUACCGAAGAAAGCACAGGAGCUGUUCAUGCGAAUACAACAGCAACAGCGCGCGGCUCAAGACAGUUUCAAAAACAUGGACAACGAUACCGACACAGAGCGCACGAAUCAAGUCAUGGAGGAUUGGUAUUCGGACGAAGAAGAUGACGACGACGAUGACGACGAGAGCGGUAAUCUCACGAUAGUUGACAGUUCGAAGGACGAGGUUGAACUCGUCGAGAAGUCCCAUAGCGCCGUUAAAGAGGAGUUCCAGACAACGACCCCUGUCGCGCCCAGCGUUCCUCAACCGGCAGUCAUCGUGGAUAAGCUGGGAGACUUGAGUAAGAUCGAUAUCAGCGCCGAGGUGUCUAAGCUAUUAUCAACACUUAAAGCCCAGAGUUCCACGGGCAACAAAACGCAGCAGGUUUCAGGCAGCUCUAAUCAAGACACAUCGAAGGUUAAAUCGACUCAAGAUUCCACGGGUGAAACGUCAAGUCCAAGAGUAUCGCCGGAUCCGACACCGGCACCGGUCGCACCUGUGUCCAGAGACCCGCGGAUGUCCAGGGAUCCUAGGCAACGCAGGGAUGAGCAGAAGCCAAGCAGCCCCAGCAUAUCUGACUCCAAGAGGGACUCGCAAAAGCAUCUCAGACUAGAGACUAGUAUCUACAGUUCCGGCAUUACACCACUGGACACACAUAUGGACACUGAUCUCAGGACGAAAACAGAUCAGGAUCUCCGGCGACAGGAUAUGGAUUUCAGACAACGCUUUCAAACCGGCUUCGGCGAUACGGACUUGCGGGUGGUAGGCGCCAGUUUCACAGACGCGUCCACCAAGUCCGACGUGGACCUGCGUCAGAUAUUGAGUCUGCCGUUCAAGCCGGCGCCUUCGCAUAUGCCGUGCACCGAGAUCGACGCAAGCAUCGCGUCACAUCCGCCGAUAACGUACAAGGUUUACAUUGUCGACAUACCACGGCCAGAUUACACGGGUCUCAAGUUGACGAAGAACGACGCGCAAGUAAAGUACGAUCCCCGUCUCCGCAAGAUCUUCCGCAUCGGCAAGCCAGAGCUGGUGGCAGACUCGCCGAUGUCGCCGCCGCCAGCAGUCAUAAAGCAGGAGACUCCAAAGUCGCCACCGCAAAUUCGCUCGGAUCCACGGCGGAAGACGCUUGAAGCGGCUGCUUCCAACCAGUCCGCAGCAAACGCCAACGCAAUGAUGUCCAAGCAACAGCCACAGCCAAUGGAUAUGGGACCCAACAUGGGUCUUGGACCUGGAGGCAUGCCGCCCGGCAUGCCUGGUGGCCCGCCACCUAACAUGCCAGGACCGGCCAUGAUGCCGAUGGGCCCGAAUCAUCCCAUGGGCAUGGGAAAUAUGGGCCCGAUGAGGCCGAUGAUGCCGCCUAUGGGCAUGCCGCCGUCGAUGGGCAUGAACGGGCCGCCGAUGCCGAUGUCGCAGGGUCAGAUGAACUAUGACCCACGCUUCAAUGUGCAGCGAAACAACGGAGUUGGCCUCCUGGGUCCUGGACCAAGCAAUUUCGGGUCAGACGCAAGUAAUUCCUACGAGGGUGGGGCGCCACCGCCGUACCCCGGUGGUAACUUCAACAACUUCGGUCCCGGGGGCGGCGGCGGCGGCGGCGGCGGUGGUGGUGGUGCUGGUAGUGGUAGUGGUGGGCCCGGUGGUCCUGGUGAUUCUAUGGGCUUCAAUCCGAACGCCUCGAAUCCGCCGAAUUUCAUGGGCGACGGUACGGAUUGGGUCCCUGGCAGCGGGAACAGACGCGGCGGCCGUAUCCGCCGGCGGAAUCGCAACAGGACCAAUAUGGUAGCUAAUAAUUGAGAGAAAGCUUCCAAGGAGCUCUUAGUGGGUACAGCUAUCGUGUAGUCCGAGUACCUGACGAUAAUUCUCCAAAGGGCGUUUCAGUUUGUCGCAUGUAGCGCCAUCGAUACGUCCUUAUAUAUGAUUCUGAGAGUUAUCGAGCAAUGCCGAUUAUCAAUCAAGUUCUCGUCAUGUAUGUAUAUGAAUGGAUGUGUGUGUAUGUGUGUGUGCGCGUGAAAAAGAGAGAGAAAAAAGGAUUUUUCAUUAAGCAAAAACCGCGUGCGGAAUCCUGCGUAAUUCGUGCAUGCACGAUUUUCUCUCCACUUCGGACUUACUUAAAACGGUCAUACGUUACUCGGAAAGUUACUUACGAUACUUUCGUUAAGCAGGUUAAAAAGCUGUGUAAAGCUGCAUAAUUCUCAACAACGCUUAGUUAGAAAUAAUUCGUAAUACAAAUAAUAUAACAGAUAUUUAUAUAUAGCGAUGAAAAAUAUGUAUCCUGAUUAACUUCGCAAAAAGACACUUGGGAUUGCAUUCAUAGCUCGGGUUUAUAUCUAAAAUCGUCUUAAAUUAUCUUAACAUUUUAGGGACCAGGCACACACAGAUUAAUGUUUUUGUUUAACUGUAUUUGUAGGCGCCGGUCCUCGAAAUGUUGUGAUUGUUUGAUUGUUAAUUGCGUAAGAAAGUUAAUUUGAGAUGAUUUCUAAUGUAAGGUCGGACUAUGAGUAUGCAGGUCAGCAUAAUAGCUUUAACAUGUUGUACAAUUAGAUUAUUAGAACGGCUGUUCUAACGGCUGCGUUCAGCAGCAGCAGAGAAAGCUGCUUUAUGAUUGUUAUAAAAUUCGUGAAUUUGAAUGAUAUCUUAAAUUAGAUUUGGUCAAAAUUAAGAGUACACAUUGAUCAGAUUCACGAAUUUUAUAGUAGUUGCAUAGCAGUUUUCUUUGCUGAACGCAAUUGAUUGUAAGAUAAAAGUACCACCAAUGCCCGAACAUGUGUACCCAAUUCUGAACAUUUUUAUUGUGAAACGUAAGUAUUUAAACUUUUAACUUAAAAUAUAAAUACAAGUAUUGAGUAUAUAUAUACAAGUAUAUACAUGUUUUGUUAAGAAUAUAUGAGUUUAAAUACUCAUAUUUGAAGAAAAAAAUAAAGCUGUCCAGAAUUGAAUAUGUGCUCGGCAAUUGGUACUUUCACCUUACGCUUUAUUGAUUUAUUAUUUAUUAAUUAUUUAAAGAAAAGAGUGAGGACAUUCUCUCUCUAUCGGAGUAGUGUCUCACAGCGAUAGAUGUUAAUGUUCAGAGAAACAAAUACAAAAAUUACAAAAUACUAAUCACACACACAUUCGAUGUACUUGCAAUUAGUAGCCUAAUUAUAUACUACAUGUUGAAGCUGUUGUGCACACAUUUAGCACGUAAGUCGCUCGCGAAUCAAUCAAUCAACGAUCGAUGGAUGAAGCAAACAAAUGAUAGUGAUUGCACUGACGAGUUUUGUUGUCUUCCACACGUGGCACGCGACACACGGACAAGCAAUGUGUGAAUGAGUAUUCGCGGCAUGCGAGACACGCGUGUCUCUCUUGACGAUUCACAUUCAAGCGAUUCGACUGACACACGUGUCAGUCAGUCAGUCCGGAUGGUGAUGCCAACAAGACGAGAUGCCUGUUUAUCUUAUGAGAAAAAUGACUUUACUCAUUUGAAGGAAUGAAUCACAUUUUUUUAAGAGAGAUAAUUUUUACAGACUGCGUUCUCCAAUGUUCACUGUCGUUAUUGAAGAUCUGUAAUAUAUGUAACGUAAAUUAUAUAGAUUUUCUAUACUGACAGCGAAAUAUAUUGGAACACAGCCAUAGUAUUCGCAUGCCUGCGUGUGUAAACGUAAAGAAAUCCUAUAGCAUAGCAAUAUAUUCUCUCAAUACUAACCGAUAUUUGACAACGUUGGAUUUAAGGGAAGGGAACAUCACGUAGAAAUAAUUGUGUCAAAUUAAUGAAACACUAUAACCCGUUAUCCGUUCGAGAACGAAUACGUUGAUAUCAAUAUAUUUAACAUUCUAAUUACCAUUAUAAUCCUAUUAUCUCCUUUAUUUGUUCAUCUUAUUUAAUUUGCAUAUUUGCACAACUAUUCGGACACCGAUGACAUGAUCUGCGUACUUCACGACACGUAGACUCUAAAGUGAAAUGCAAUAUUUUGUAAGAAAAUAUGGAGUAUAUGGGGAAGGUUUUAAACCUAUCUACAACUAUUUCGUGAAACGACUAUACUUUUCUACUUGCGUUCUACGAACGUACAUAUGAGAGUGCGAGUUCUGUUACUUCCAAUUUUCCCAAUUUUCUAAAAUUAACGUGAACAUUUUCAAUGAUCAAGCGACUCAAAGUAACACUCGACUCUGUACUCUCAUAUACCAAUGUAAGUUACAAUUAAGCCUGAUUAAUCUUUCUAGUGCGGUACAUACAGUUGUGUAUCCCACUGUAAUAAUACUCUGUGGCGAGUCAGAUUUUUAAACAUAUACACAUAUUUCCAUCAGGAUAAAUCUAUACAUGAAAAAAAAUAUAUAUAUACAUAUAUAGUUGAAUUUACUUAGUUGUUAUUAGAAUGUUAAUUCAUAUUGCGAUUACAUAUAGUUUCUAUUCACUCAUUAUUAUUGCUAUAGUAUGAUAGAAUGAAAUUAUAUUUGUAAAAAGUGAAGUUUACUAUAUCAUACGAUAAGAUUUUUGUACAGAUGAGACUUGCCAGUUCAAAUGCAAGUUCUCGGUGCUUUAUCUCAAUGAUGUAAAUACCACUGUAUUAGUUCUGUGCACUUUUUAAAAUAUAAUUAUAUAAGAAGCUGAUCUAUAUAUGAUGAAUGAAGAUUUUUAUACAAUAUACAACCUAUGCAAGAAAAUGUAUUCUUUUUUUUUUUUUAUGAUGUACACAAACGUUUUCUUUUAUUUUAGGUUGGAACGAGAAUAAGCGGUAACUUUAAAAAUGUAAUUUCUGGUACAUGCAUCAAUGUACAAUAGAACUUAGAGGUUCAGCUCGUAUUGUUGAUAAAUCCAGUCGUGCAUCCAUUUCGUCAUCUAAUUCUCCCACUAUUGCUCUGAAAGAAAAGCGCAUAAAUUGUAUGCAUCUCGUACAAAUAUUUAUGUUUUAUAUUUAUUUCUCUAUAAUAGAAUAAGAGGUGUAAAUACAGAA